GCCACAGUCCUGUCUGUGGAGCCCACCCGGUCUCAUCCACCGGACAGACGGACAGAGAGAGGGACACCGAGCAGCGACAAAGGGCUGACCGACCAUGGAGCUCAUCUGCCGGCUGGCAAGCAGGAAGUGUGUCCUUCCGCGAUAGGCCGCCACCAUGGAGCUGAGAUAACCUCUUCCUCUUUUCUGCACCAAUCACUGCGCCCGAUCAAAUAUAACCAUGGGAACAUGGCGUGGACUACGAGUGGCGUUUGUCCUGGGGUCUUUGUUUAUGAUCCUGCUGAUAAUCGUGUACUGGGACGACGUCGGGGGCUUCAACCUCUACCCCCUACAGGAGCCCAAACACGAGUCACUGCACCCUCGGGCGACUGCUGGGUCCCCGCACUCUACGUCCAGACCCCAGAACAGUUCUUCCUCCCCCGUCCCCACUACUGCUCGCAGCACAACACUGGUGUCUGAGGAGACAGGAGGAGCAGCUGAGGAGCAUACAGAGGAGGAGGGGAAGGAAAAACAAGAACAGAGACAGCAGGAAACAAGGGAGGAUGAGGAGAAGGAAAGGAGUCGUACUACUGCGGACAAUAGGGAGCAGGAGGACAGGAAGCAGAGGAUCAUGGAUGUGUGUUCUGGGAAAGACGCUGUUGAAUUCCCCGGAAGUACCCGGCCGUUUGAGCAGAUCCCAAACAGGGAGCUGGAUCACCUGAUAGUGGAUGACACCCACCAGAUUAUCUACUGCUAUGUUCCCAAGGUGGCGUGCACCAACUGGAAGAGAGUGAUGGUGGUCCUGUCUCAGUCUCUUAUCUCGCCCUCCUCAGGAAAACCUUACACCGACCCGGAGGCUGUUCCUCCUGACCUCGUACACAACUCCUCUAUCCACCUCACUUUUGCCAAGUUUUGGAGGCAUUAUGGUUCUUUGUCCCGCCACCUGAUGGCACUCAAGCUCCAGCACUACACCAAGUUUCUGUUUGUGCGCGACCCUUUUGUUCGUCUUAUCUCGGCUUUCAGGAACAAGUUUGGAAGGCCUAACGAGGACUUCUACAAGCAGUUUGGUUCUGUCAUGCUGCGUCGUUAUGCUAAUGUGUCGGGCAGUUUGCCAGAGACAGCGGCGGAGGCGUUUGCAGCAGGAAUCAAACCGACGUUUCAGCAGUUUAUCACAUACCUGCUGGAUCCAGAGACAGAGAGGGAGAGCAUCUUCAACGAACACUGGCGGCAGGUGUACCGUCUGUGCCAUCCAUGCCAAGUCAAGUAUGACUUCAUUGGACGACUAGAAUCCUUAGAAACGGACGCGGAGCACCUGCUGAAGCUUCUGGAGGUGGAUCAUCUACUACACUUCCCUUCAGGGGCUCGAAACCGAACUGCAGCCAGCUGGGAAAGAGACUGGUUUGCACAGAUUCCCAUCGCAAUGAGGAGAGAACUGUACAAGCUGUAUGAACCUGACUUUGAGCUGUUUGGCUAUCCGAAACCUGACAGCACUCUCCACCAGUAGACAGCACCGAGAAUCAACCACCUGCGCACAGCCAGCUAAUGCCUUUAAAAAUCAGUCUAUGAUGCUGUUCUUUUGUUUUUUUCAUACCUCAAAUGACAGAAGUGCCUGCCAGUAUUAUUUUAUUUUUGUCAUCAUUUCAUAUCUGAAGCACACCUGUUUACAAGCUGCGUUAUCACAGUCUGGUUUCUCCAUGUAAAGGCACUUUGAAUAGUAUUUUGUGAAUAGAAUGUUGGUAAGUCAUUGUAAAAGACUGGUGUCAAUUAUUGGCUUUCAUCUCUCUGAAGGGAAAUAUGAUGCAGAGAAAUAAAGUUUUUUGUAACCGUU